UGUUUCUACUAUCUGUUAGAAACACGAUGUGGGAAUGGAUGGAAGAGGUUGCUUUUGGCCCGGCAGAUUUCAGUGCAUUGUAAAAUUAGAGUUCUGCCGUUAAUUUAUUUGGAACAUUCUGCUCAAACAAUUCAUUGCGUAAUCGGCAAACUGACUACAAAAUCGAAUCACUCUCGAUGAAGAUAUUAUGACUUCGAUGUUAACAACACAGGAAACAAACGAUGGAGUAUUUUCUGCUUCCAUCAGUCUUUUGUUUCGAACAUCUGGUUUAAAUUUGGUGUGGUUUGAUAUAUAUUGUUCGCAGUGAGGCCGCGACUUGGAUGUGCACCAUUUAUUGGAAAUGACCUCAAGUUAAACCAGGUUAUCACACUGCGACGGUCGUAGAAUGCAGGCGAAGUGGUCCCACAGCGAAAUAGUAUUUUUAUCAACAAAACUUCUGCCACCUACAAAAAUACUGCUACAUUCUUUAGAACUGCUUCAUGAGAUGGGAAUGGAAAAAAACAUAUCUAAUUGACGACGGACAGAAUGAAUAUCAUGUAUGCAAGGGAAUCUUCUCUCGUAAUUCGUACUAAAAUAAUACAAGGUGCAGCAUGUUAACAUUGUCAAAGACGUCGUAUCUAAAAUGAAUUUUUAAUCUCAGAACUUAUGACUACAAAGUGGAUAUUACAGAAGAACAUCUGGCGUUCUCCACACCGACGACUGUGAUUCGAUAUCUUGUACAGUAUUGUGUUUCAGCGAUAGUGAACAGCAGAUUUUAUCAGCGAGGAGAUGGAAAGCCGUAUACAGGUAUAUAAGGAGCUUCGGUAACACGCUGGAUAAGAGAGAAGACCAAGAUGCAGUUGACACUUUAUCUCAUCCUCGCAGCUUCGGCCUGUGGGUUUGUGUGUGGCGCACCGUAUCAAGACAAUGUAACAUACGAACCAACGUGGGACAGCCUCGACUCUCGACCCUUGCCACAGUGGUACGACGAUGCGAAACUCGGUAUAUUCAUUCACUGGGGAGUAUACGCCGUUCCUAGUUUCGGAUCUGAAUGGUUCUGGAGCAACUGGAAAGGUUCAAACAAUCAAGAGUACAUUGAUUUUAUGGAAAAGAAUUAUAAGCCUGGCUUCACCUACCAAGACUUCGCCAGUGAUUUCACUGCAGAAUUUUAUGAUCCAGAAGAAUGGGCAGAACUGUUCCAGAGCUCUGGUGCAAAGUAUGUUGUGCUUACUAGCAAGCAUCAUGAAGGUUAUACAAUGUGGCCAUCAAAAUACUCAUUCAGCUGGAAUUCUAUGGAUGUAGGCCCCCAGAGAGAUCUACUAGGAGAUCUUGCUGCUGCACUUCGUGAGAAAACUGAUUUAAGAUUUGGUGUUUAUCAUUCACUCUAUGAAUGGUUCAACCCAGUCUACAUAUCAGACAAGGCAAAUAAUUACACUACUCAAGAAUUUGUCAAUACAAAGACAAUGCCAGAACUCUAUGAACUGGUGAACACAUAUCAGCCUGAAAUUGUAUGGUCUGAUGGAGAGUGGGAGGCAUCAGAUGAAUAUUGGACAUCAAAGGAAUUUAUUGCUUGGUUGUUCAAUGAAAGUCCCGUAAGAGAAACUGUGGUCACAAACGAUCGUUGGGGUACAGGCACUUUAUGUACUCAUGGAUCUUUCUAUACAUGUACUGAUCGCUACAAUCCAGGUGUUCUUCAGCCACAUAAAUGGGAGAACUGUUUAACCAUUGAUAAAGCAUCAUGGGGAUACAGAAGAAAUGCUAAGUUAGAAGAUUACAUGACAACUCAUGAACUGAUUGAGCAGUUGGUUUCAACAGUCAGUUGUAAUGGCAACUUGCUAAUGAAUGUUGGACCAACAAAGGAUGGUUUAAUAAUGCCAAUUUAUGCUGAGCGCUUAAGGGAUAUGGGAACAUGGCUUCAAAUAAAUGGUGAAGCUAUCUAUGCUUCCCAGCCGUGGACAGCACAAGAAGACCCUACAACAACAGGAGUAUGGUACACAAAAAGUGGAAAUAACUCUUCAGAAGUAUUUGUCUAUGCAACAUUGCUGAACUGGCCUACAGACAAUGUCAUUACUCUUGGUGCACCAUCGCUAUCAGAGGACUCAGUUAUUACUAUGCUUGGAGUCGAUGGCACCCUUGAGUGGCAGUCUCUGGAAAAUGGAAUUGCAAUAACUCUUCCAGACAAGCAGCGUGUGGCAAAUGACUGGGCCUGGGUACUGAGAUUUACAAAUGUUCAAAAUUGAGAGAUGGAACAAGUCAUUGGAUAUUACUAUGGAGCUUGAAAAGAAACAGUGUAACUGCAGAUAUAUGAAAUAUCUAUACUUAAAUAUCAGUAAUUGUAUAAUUGGCUAAUAAUCAGAGAAGUGUAUUGUUCUACUUGAGAGUGAGCCAUCAAAACUGUGUGAAAGUUAUGUAAACACCACAUUUUUAGAGUAAUAAAAACACUGCGCAUUUUUCCUCCUCUGAA